GCGCUACACCGGUAAAGGGAGGUAAACUGAAAAUAUUGACGAUAAGACGAUGGCAACAAAAAAAGAAUGUGAAAAAUUAAUGAAAGCGUGUUUGUCUAAAGACGAGCAGACGGCAUACAACUCUCUGAUCGUUCUUAAGAAACGUGCGAACGACAGAAAUAGCCAUUUAACCCUGAUACAGUGUCGAAUUGUCCCAGUUUUCUUUCAGCUCCUGGAGUUUGUGGAAGUGAAGAAUUUGACAGACAGACGUCGGAAAACGAUUGAUCUUCUGUUCAGUAUUCUGGGUGACUUGUGUAAUUUGCAGGAAUGUCGUGAAGAAGUUUACAAGCACCUAUAUGGGCUGGAGUUUCUUGUGCUCUACUUUUGUGAGUGUGAACAUGAAAGUAUACAGAACCGGAGCUGUAGAACGUUGGCCAAUCUAGCGAAACAUCCCGGUCUGUGUGACAGCAUUCAUCAGACAGAUUUUAUAGAAACUCUUGUUACCAGGAUGGAAACAACCGAGAAUAUCCAUCACCAGCACACAUACUGUAGGGCAGUCAGGUUACUGGGUAAAACUUCACAUCAGAGAGAUAGAAUUCUGUCACACAAUGCUGUAUAUCAAGUGGGCAAACUGAUCGAGUCGGAUGAUGCCACGAUAAGGAAGGAAGUGUAUGAAGUAAUAGAGGAUUAUACUGUAAAUAGACCAUCAUGUGAAUUUGCAACUCAACUGAUCAGAUCUGGAGCUUUCAAAGUUAUUGUAGCCAAACUUAAUCCUGUUGAUAAUGAGGAAGACCAGUGUACAUUUCCACUGUUAUGUAAACUUAAUCAGAUCUCCAAAAUCCGUCCAGAAUUCGGGUCCACAGGGGGCUUGCAGACAUUCAUCGAAAUGUUCCACCAAGUCACAAAACUAUCCAAACAACUAUCGAUCUUAAACAUUGUGUGUUUGUGCUGUAAGGAAUCCGUUAAUAGAGUGAAAGUAAGGAACUUGGGUGGGCUGAAAAUUUUAUGUGAAGCUUUGAAGAAUGAAGAAUAUCAUAAGAUUCAUGAUCGCGUCAUCAGUGCUGUACAAUGUUUCGUAUUUGAUGAGGCCGGUCUCGGUAUGCUUCUAGAAUAUGACUUGGUUUCCAUUCUUAUCAGUCACCUUCAGAGAGUAGCAGGAUUUGAUUCCACCUCAGUAUCUGUGCAAAAUUAUUUAAGGGAGGAGGAAGUUGAGAAUUUUGAGGCUACUUUUUCACCAGGCAUAUUUGAAAAGUUCUACUCACAAUUUGUUCAGAAACAGGAAAUUGAUGAGCAUGAACAAGACACUGUUUCAAAGAAGAACGUGUUCAGCAUAGACAGCCCAACAUAUGAAGCAAAAUCAGAUUGGAAUAUGGAAGAGUAUAUGUCAGGAGCAAAGUGCAAGGAAACUUUCGAGUAUGCUGAAACUCCAUUUUCAUCCCCCACUUCAAUGAGUCCCUUGAGUACUGUGUCAUUUUACUCCCCGAGUAUGUCCCCUACCUCAGACUACAGUCCUCCCUCCAGCCCAGGGUGCUUAGACUCUUCAGCAGUAAAUACUGAUCUAAAUUACCCAGUCAUAUGUAGCAUGUCUUAUGAUGCCGACGACAGUCCAGGAGGAUAUUCUCCAAAGAAAAAUGAGGAAGAUGCAUCGAAGUUAGGAUCAGAAGUGUAUUCUGAGUCAGAGGAUGAAGAUGACGUAUGUUCAGUGAAAGGGAACUCGGAAGGAUUUCAGACACCUCUCAGCAAACCAGCUGAAGAAUUUCAGACACCUCUUAACAAACCAACUGAAGAAUUUCAGACACCUCUUAACAAACCAACUGAAGAAUUUCAGACACCUCUUAACAAACCAACUGAAGAAUUUCAGACACCUCUCAGCAAACCAACUGAAGAAUUUCAGACACCUCUUAACAAACCAACUGAAGAUGUGAAAGCCCCUAGUAUCAACCUAUUCAAAAAGAAAAGGGGGGUGUCAGACAUAUCAGAAGAUGAAGAGAUUGAGGUGAUUAACAAACGGAGGAAAACUGUAGCUUCUGAGGAUGUAGCUAUGUCAACAUGUGCCUCAGCCAAGACAGAGAAGAGGAGAAAUGGCUCCUGCAGCACGGAGCAGCAAAUUCUGAUUAUUCUGUCAAGGAUAUCACAGAUGUUUGAUCCCAGUAAAUACUUGGUGACAUCAGAAACCAUGUGUUGCUGUCUGGAUUAUUUGGCGUUGGUAAGCAAACCGGAAAAAAGGAUGGCUAGAACACUAAGCCGAAUUCUUACGAAUCGCCUCUGUUUAAAAAGUUUGUUACAAAUUCACAUGCCUUUCUUGAUAUACUACAAACUGUUGAGGAAUACUGACAUAUCGUAUGGAGAAAAAAUCUUGAGGUCUUUCUUGCAAUCAAAACAUGAAUGCUUAAAAAAUAAACAACGGAAUAAGAUGCGAAAUAGAUCAGACAGCGAGGACUCCACUUCAUCUCAGUUAUCUUUCCUUGACAUUGAGGAUUCGUGGUCCGCUGUGAAUUUACCUACUGGGAAAAACCAAAAAACUCCUGAAAACCAAGGCAAAGAUUCAAAAUUGACUUCUUCAAAUGAAAAUACAGCAUUUAGCAAUCAGAAAUCCACAGAAGAAGAUGGGGAUCUUUCAUUUCCAUUCCGGGCAGGACUGAUUCUACUUCAAGACAUCUCCACUGAAGUGGAUGGACCAUACGGACGUGGAGAGGUUGCGCACUGGAUCCACAAUAAGGAUGUGGAGGGUUAUAAAGAUGAGGCAGUUUUCUCCCUUUUGUUUGCUCUCUGGGACUCAGGGAUGACCCAACACUAUUUCAUAAAGCAGAACUUCAUGGAAACUAUCCUGAAACAUGUGACCAGUGAUAUUACCCAGCAUUCCAAGAGAGCAUUCCUUGAGGCGCUGUGUUUCAUUGGACACAUUGUGUUACACACAGAACCAAACAAAGAGGCAGACAAACUUGUUCUGAGACAUAUAGAAAACAGUACAAUGUCACCGGGAAAUGUUUGCAAAUAUGAAAGCAUUCAGUGUAAAGAUAUUUCAUUCUCAGUUCAAAACACAAUUCUCCCAGGGAAAAAGGAAGUUCUCACCCAAAGCUCAGACCUUUUCCAAGCCAUGUUAGAGGGACAUUACUCUGAAGCUAGGGAGGAGGAAAUUAUUUUGCCCAACACCACCCCAUUUGCUCUGAGGUACAUCCUGCAUUAUUUACAUGGAUGUGAUCUCUCUUGUGAACUUCUUGGGAGUGUAACAAAAUGUGACAGAUCAGACGACACACUAUGCAAUAUUCUGGAUACUGUUGUAUUGGGACACCAGUACAUGCUGAACAACCUGGUGGAGUUUCUGGUGAAAUUGCUUCAUAAAGUUGUUACUCCAGAGAAUGCUUGCCAUAUUUUCCAUUUUGCAUUGACUUAUGACUUCCCAAUGCUGGUUGCUGAUUGUAUAAAGCGAAUGUUUUCCUCGCCGAAUGUAAUGGAAAGAGUGAAAGGUUUUCGGAAUUUCCUGGUGGGGCCAGACGCAGAACUCUUUUUAUCUGUCUUGUUUGACCUUCUGUUGGACAGGAAACUUUAAAAAUAUCAGAGAAAUAUCAAUUAAAUAAGUUUUACUAAUGAAUUUUUGGAGUUUGAUGUGAGCUGUAUUAAUUAUACACAAUUUAAUGCAGAUAAAUUUGCAAUGAGUUUUGAUGAGAAUAUUUAUCAGUGAGUAGGUAUUUUUUUUGAUCGGUCUCUUUGAAUGAGUUGUAAAUUAAUGAUGAUAUUGCAUGAAAUGUGAUGUGGUAUAAUAAUAUUCAGUAAUUAAAUAUUAUAUAUUAAAUAAACAUGUUACAGUUAAAAA